UCUUCAUCACAAUCUAUACAUAAUUCCCAGCCGCCCAUCAUGUCCGCCGCCCCUCACGCGAAGACACCCAGAGCCCAACAAUAUGUCGACCCACCCUGCGUCCUCACGGCCAUCACCCAAUAUCAAUGCUCCCCGGAACAGAGGCGCGGGCACGUCACUUGCUGGCCCCUCGAGCGGAUCUUUCGUCAGUAAGUAAGCAUCUCGUUCUCUUGACUGAUCAGUAAGCUUGCAACUGUCUUGAGGCUAUACAAGGUCCAUGCCAGAAUCGUGCUACAUACUACGGGCGAUUAGCCGCCAGGCAGUAGAGACGACAACUGACACCAAUCCACAGAUGCGGCGAGAACAAACCAGUCAUCGAGGUGACCAACCGACUUGUCAAGCCUUUCCCCUCCUCGAAAUCGGACUCAGAGAAGGUCGUAGUAGACCCAGUCUUCUUGAAAAAUCCGCCGCAGGCCAAGAGCUGGGGCGACUUGAACGUAUGAGAACGAACGAUAGACAUGGCAGAGAGACGAUAUGGAUGGGCGCUGGCUGUCUUUGGCCAAGUCCAGGUCUGGCAGCGACAGUCUGGUUGGACGGUGAGGGUUAAAAACGCCUUCCGCCAGCCAGACUUGCCAUCGCGCUGGGCUACUCAGCCCAAGGCCUGUGUAUACAUCGACAAGGCUGAAAUCUAACUACCUCAGAUGCGAGACCAUGGCAACUUGGCCUAGUCAGCAUCCCAUAGCAUUACAGGAGGUAUGACGUUCUGCGGGCAAAUUGCAGAUGUUCGCGUCGUCGAGCGCAUUGCUAUGCAUCUCAGACGUACCGUAGUCUAUGCCUGUCCCGGCAGUUCCCUGCCCAUGCAUCCCUGUACUUGACUGCAUGCAAAUCCCUCCUAUGGUAA